UAUAGCUGUGAUUAAAUGUCCCUUUAAUGCAAGUUUCAACAUUCAAGAUAUAUAACGAAGACUUCGACCACACAUGAACUGUCUUGAUGAACACCUGAUAUCGACAGGGAAAGUCCUCCUUGCCUUGGUUGAACUGUAGGCCUCGGGCUGACGCGAUGAAACCAUGUGACGAAAUACGGAUAUCUGAUUGGUUGUUUCCCAUAACAAUCACAAAUCGGCCAACCGCGCCAUUAGAUUCUACGCUGUUUUCAAGGGGUGUAUGCUGGAAAUAAUUUCUUUUCGGAGAGAUUGCGAGUUCUUCCUUCUGAUCGUUGCUUGAAUUUUCACAAGACGUGAAUAUUAUUGCGUCAUAUACCAGUUUGUGACUUCACACACAGAAAUGUGGUUCCAAGAACUCGACACACCAAGCCUGCGCAGCGAUGUCUGAACAGGCACAGCUCAACUUUAAUAUCCCCAAGAUCAAGAGACAGUUGUCUAAAGACAACUUGAGGAAUGUCACCCUCACUAGUCGUGAUGCAACAGAGUUGCUGCAGGCCAUCGACAGGUGUUACCUUGACCAGGAGGUUCGAGGUCAAUGGGAGGUCAAGGCCAUACAGACCUUUGAUAAUCGUGAUUUAGAGAAGGAAUACAGAGAAAAGCGUGCAGAGCUGAAGGAGUCCGGGCGCCAUGCACGGGAACUGACAGAACAGUAUGCCUUCCUCUACUUCAGGGAGCCAGCUGGCAUCGUACCGAGCAUCGCCAAGAAUGGUCUGCGUGCCAAACCAAGCAGCUUCAAUUGGCUUGGUGACAAUACAAGUGGGGUGUAUGUGUGUAAACAUCCUGAUGUGCAGCUGAAGCUCGCAGAAUUGAGGGAGGAAAAGUUGGCGAGUGUUUGCGUAUUCAAGGUGACUCUAGGUCGAUGCAAGGCACAACAGAUCGCAACCACACCGGAGCUUCUGGUGGAGCCCACCCCGAACUAUGACUGUCACGUGUCGGUCAGCGCAGCCCAGGCCCACUCCACUCACACCGUCCAGCUACAGAGGUCACAGAUUUACCUGUAUGAAUACACUGAUGAAGCUCUGCCAUCCGGGAGGCCUCGUCACUGUCUGCCAUAUGCUUUGCUGCAGUAUGAGAGGAAGGAGACAUCAGGGGCUGCCUAUGGUCAGCCUGGUCGGAGUUCAUACGGGACGAAAUCCACAGGAAGUGACUACUGGAAGUCUUCCCAGGUUGCAUUGGGCCACAAGUGGAAGUCCCGUGGUGACUUGAAUGUAGGUCCCAGAAGAAGCAGCUAUGAAUCGGUCGCAACCUACCCACGACAGGAGUCUGGUUUUGGCCCUUUGUCCUCUCCCCCUGUGCCAGUAGGCAGUGCAGGAUACAAGAUCCCAUCAGUACGGGAGGACCCCCGUAUCGCCAGGAGAAGAAACACUUCCGAUGUCGGGGAUGCUACAAGUGAUCCACGACUAGCUGAUCCUCGACUUCCGCCAAGUGACCCUAGGUUAACACUAGCAGACCCGCGAAUAUUACCUAUGGAUCCACGUUUGAUAACAGGUGAUCCCCGCCUAGCUCCCUCUGAUCCAAGGAUGGCUUUAAAUGAUCCUCGCCACAGAACCAUUGAAAUACCCUCAGGUCAACAUGUAGGUGGUGAUGCCAUGUUUAAUCAGUUCCCAAUGGAACAGAAGACAAUCAGCCCUCAAAUGAAAUCAAUGAUAAAAACAGUAGAACAGCUGUGGGGGACAACUGGUCAGGAUGAAAUGGCCAUCACAAGUGAGGAUCAAGCUCAAAAUAGUGUUGUCAAGCAAGUCCAAGAACAAAUGGACCAGAAGAAAGCCGAAGCCAAAGAAAAAAAGAAAAAGAUCAGUUUUGCUGACUAUUCAACACGCUUCAAACAAUCUGACAAGCAGAAUGUAGCAAAAUCUACAACAUCCAUUUCCUCACUGCCUACAAUCACACCCGUUCCUGUUCCUUCAGUUCCAGUAACAGCAGUCGAAGUUGUACGUGACUUGACCUUAGCUUCUGCUGUCCCUGUGACCAGUACCAUAGAAGGUCAAACAGUGGUGACCUCAUCCACUCAAGCUGGAAUCUAUCCUCCAAGUCGCUUCUCCAAGGCUGGCUUAUCAAUUGCAGUUGCAGGAACUUCGUCCUCUACCCCUAGCCAGCUCACAGUACCCGAGUCAGCCCCUGUCCCAGCCCCUGUCCCAGCCCCUGUCCCAGCCCCUGUCUCAUCUCCAGUUUCCACCCCUGUACCAGCUCCAGUACCAGCCCCUGUACCAGCCCCAGUACCAGCCCCAGUACCCCCUCCAGCUACUCCAGUUUUCUCAGCUUCUGAAUCUGUCCCAGCUCCAACUCCAUUUUCAGAUUCUGCCUCAUCAUUACUACCUUCCUUUGUUUCUGAUCCUACUAUGUCACCAACCCUAGUUUCAUCCUCCACUGUACCUCCUACAUGUCGCCCCCUCCAUCGCCAGGAAAGUGAUGAUGUCUCUGGUACCGUCUCUUCCUCAAACCAGAUCCAGAUGCCUCCGUCAGCUCUGUCACACUUUCAAGAUGCACCUAGUUAUGAUGAACCAUAUUUUCCUGAAUCCCCCAGUUCUGAAGUUGGAUCAGCUACCAAAGACACAUCUCUUCUUUAUUCACCAAAAGGGAGUGCAGACUAUAAGGACCCAUAUGCAGCUGUCAAGAAGAUUAUUCAACUUGAUUUUUCAAAACUUACGCAAAGUCCUGUUGCUUCACAAGCUCCUAGGAGUCCUGGUCCUGCCUCUACUUUGAGUAAUCCCUUUGCCAGAGACCUGCAUGGGAGUCCAGUAAUUCAAGAUUCACAGAAUAUGAAAUCCGAUGCUCAUUCAUUAUCAAUGAACAUACAGAGCAGUCCAAGUGGGCCAGAUAGUCCCUCUUUUCCUGCUUCUGUUCUUAAAGAUAGCCCUGUGCACCAAGGAAUCCAGUCUAGUCCAAAGUCUAGUGUUUGUUUAUCGUCCGUUCUGCCUGGGUUGUCUGUUUCAACCAUAAGUCCGGUAACACCUCAGACACAAACUCUGACUCAGUCGGAGCUGCAGAGUGAGCCACAGCAGUCCGCACCAAAGGAUAUGAGUCAAGAUGAUGUGAAGGAUCUUGUGACUAAACUUCAGUCUUUUGGGGAUGUCAAGGACUUAAUAUCUAAACUCGUUCUGAAGGGACCAACAGUACAACCUCAGACCGAACUUCAACAAGCCCCCCCUGAGAGAUACAGAGAAAUAAGUUCUUCACCAUUUCAAGGGUAUCACACUGGUGACCCCGGACAGCAAGGAUUCAGGGAUGAUGUGCAAUCAGGUAGAGAUCAUCUGGAGUUCAGAGAUACUGAUUCGGAUGCCAGACAACACAGUUCAAGAUGGGAGUCCUGGCAGAGCAGCCCCAGGGACCGAGACUCGCGUUAUUCAAAUUACAGAGAUUCAGAUUACGAUGAUUAUAAAUGGAAAGACUCGAGAUUUAGUGGCAGUGAUUCUUCGCGGCAUUACGGGGGAUCUCAGUCGGAUGACUACUGGAAGGGUAACGUUGAGGAUGUGGACUACAGGAGGAGGGACGACAGGAGACGAGACCAGAGAUACAGGUAUGAUGAUGACCGCAGAUCACAUGAAUCCAGAUACGAUAGGAGAUCAUAUGAUCACAGGCCGAGACGUGAUAGCCCAAGACAUGAAGAUGCCAGUAGGUAUGGCGAUGUUGACUAUAGGAGUUCACGAUACCACUCCCCGCGCAGAUCUCCAAGAUCAGAGUACGGAAGAAGAGACUUGUCAGAUCGUCACCAUGAAGAUUCAUCACCGAGAAGAAGUCACCAUGACGAUUCAUCACCGAGAAGAAGUCACCAUGAUGAUUCAUCACCGAGAAGAAAAUUUUCUACGGCAAAUGUUGAUCAAUUGAGAGAGGCAGAUGAAUAUGUUAGUUCUGAUAAAGAUGCGAGUGACAAGAGGAGGUACGAGGCCCGAGAUGAUAACAAUGUGUGUGAGGACUUGUGUGAAGGAGUGUGGAUGGCCCCACGGAUAGAUGGUGGGGGGGAAGUUAGUAGUGAUGUGGAGAUGACUCCUGUGAAACCAUCCCCACCAGACAAGAUUGAGACAGUAUCAAGCCUCAGCACAGAGGAACAGAAAGACAGUGAUGACAAGCCCAUCAAGCGCUCACUCUUUACAGAGAAGGAACGGCCAAGUUCUGCAGAGCAAGAGCAAAUAAAAAAACCAAAGCUCCAAGACAUAACCGAGGUGGACAACAUUGCUGCUAUUAUUCCAUUGUCACUCAAGCCUCCAGCUCCCAAACUGAAGCCUGAGGAGGAUGCACCUGUAACCCAGGCCCGGUCAUGGACUGAGGUCAUUGAGAAGGAGGAUCUCAAGAACAAGAAAGUAGUGCAGGGGGGUAAACCUGACGGGGGCAAGAAGGUUAAGAAGAAGAAAGUGGAUAAAGAUUUAGCAGGUUAUAAGAAGAGGAGAAAGCGGAAAAAGAAGCUUCCUGUCAGAAAGAGGGUUGAUGUAGAGAGUGAUCAGAAACCAUGGUCUCCGUGCCCAUCUGAGAACUUUAGCAUUGAAUAUGACAAUGAUGAUAUUGAUUAUGGGGACUUCAGUUUUGAUCAGCCUCAUACCUUUGUAGAGACACUGCCAAAUUCUGAUGAUGAUAGCUACAGUUAUGGAACAGAGAGUGUGUCGAUGACUUCGCUGGCAUCAAGACCUGUCUCGCCUGCUGUAGAGUCGGCUCAAGUUGGAGUGCAUCGAUCUCUUGAUGUCAGAAGCAUUCAAAGAUUACAGCCCAAAGUGGAGCUGACAGACUAUAUUCAGGUAUACAACUCCUAUACUGGAGAGUGUCAAAAGUGUAAAGACAUUGUCAGCUCUAUCCAACCCUAUAUGCAUCAUGUGGAUCUGGGGCAGGACAGCGUCAUGAAGGACUGCAAAUCAGACACAGAGGAGCAUGGUAGCCUCAAGAUGAAAGUGGAAAUAAAAUCGGAACCAGAUUUGUUGCUGACAGAUGUGAAACCAUCUUUAAAAACGGAGGACGUGGUGAAAAGUUCGCACUAUCGCAGGACGAAUACUGUGCCAGGACUUGAUCUCAUAGUCCAAGAAGAACCAUGUCAUCAUGAGAAGAAACUUCAAACAAAAGCUGUAAAGCUGGAAGUGAAGAAGGAGGAAGAAGAGGUCGUGACUAAUGAGAAGCCAGUCCAGAAAGUAGAUGAGAAGAAAAGAGGAUAUAACUCCAUUGAAGGUGACAAACCUCUGCACCUGAAGCUUCAGAAGACUUCCACCAAGAUGGAGGCAAGCUCUCUGACUGAUAAAGGACAGGAGAAGGAAACAAAAGAGGCCAAGUCAAAGUCUACUGAGGAAGAUCUUGACAUCAAUGGAACUCACAACACAUUCAGUCCAAUUAAAGAUAUCAUGAAACGUAAACUGUCAAUUACUUUAUGUGUGGGAGGAAAGAAGAAAAAGUCCGAAGCUAAAACCACCAGUGUUUAUUCUGAGUUGAAAGUCGCUGAAACUAAGACCACUGUGUCGGCAAUAUUAUUGCCUGUAUCUCAACAUUCAGUUGUGUCACCAGCUUUGACUUCAUCUCCACAGGUGUCCACAGCGACAUUGUCAGGACCAAUGACAAGAGUCAUACCGACAGUUCAGUACAAAAUGGGUGUCAAGAAAUCUCCCUCCUCUGUUCCUGCCAGCAGAAGCAGUUCCACCAGUUUUGAAAGUAAAGACUCAGCACAAUCUGACAUGACCCCCAAAAGCAGCAACGUGUCUGAUGUACAGAACAGUGUUGUCAUGAAGCCCAGCGGUCAGUCUAUCCCUGUUCUAGGUAAAACUAGAGGAUGCACAACACCACCAGUGUCUGCGUGGGUACCUGCUGAAUCUGCUCCACCGAAGACAGAAACUUUAACUACAAGUCUUGGCCAAAGUACGGUACAGUCAAUGUGGAUUCCUACCUUCUCUGCUGCUCUGUCAGGUCAACCUCUGGUUCUGCCUGCUCCCUCCCAGGUGAGGCCUUCAGUUCCUCCUGUCCAACCACCACCACCACCACCACCUCCACCACCAUCCCGAGUUUCGGCUCCAGGAUUUCUCCCACCAGUCAAUACAAGACUCCCUCCAGUCAACACAAGACUCCCACAAGUAAAUACAGGACUUCCUCAAGGCACCAUGCCACCUGGACACCCUGUCCCAGGACAGCAGCAACACCUAAGGUUUCCACCUCAUCCUGUACAAGCACCUGUCAUGUGCCCUCCACACAAUGCUAACCUUUCACAUCCUCCUGUUCCUUUGAGGUUUCAUCAGCAACCACCUACUUUACUUCAGCCGAUUCCACAUCAUGGGCUGCAACAAGGAGGACCACCCCAGCCUCACAUGGUUCCUCAGCAGCGGCCACCUGGUAUGCCACCUCAGGCGAUGCAAACAACUGCCGGUCCCCCUCCACCUAGACCCCAACAGCCUGGUGUAAGACCUCAACCACCUAUGACACAGCCACAACAAGUACAUGGAAUGCAGCAUGUCAACACAGCCUAUCCCCCUCCUCCGCUUGGUGGGAAUACACAACAACCAAUGUCCAGGCCGCCAAACUAUGGGUACCCACAAAUGUGUGGACCUAGAGGUAUGAUAGCACUUCCUCCGCCUCAAGUUGCUUCUAGUAUUCCUGUCCUGGGGCAACAGCAGCAGAGAAUGCCAUUGCCUCCACCAGGACCACUACCUGGCCCACAUGGACAACAACCCUAUGGGCCUGGCGGUGUUCCUAUUCAGAGACCACUCUUUAACCUAAACCAACCUCCUCCACCUCUUCCUGUACGCCCAAUGUCAAUGUUGGUACAGGUUCCUACAUCUGGCAAGCCCCCAUCGGCCGAGCCACGGAAGUCUAGUGACCCAGCAGACUGGUUUGCUGAUAUGUUUGCCCCGAAGCCAAGAGAAUCAUCUGUGCCAAGAGAGUUAACACCAGAAUCUCAUCAGUCUUCCCCCGAGAAGCAAAGCACCAAGGAACACACACCAGAAUCUCAGUCUAAGUAUUGUAAGUCUUCAGACAGCUCUAAGUCAUGGACUCUUGAUAAAGGAGGUAGUAAUGGUUCAACCUCAAACCCUUCAAGCUCUACAUCAUCACCUAUUAGACAGGGUCCUUUUUUAGGCGAAUCUAGCCGGGAUGCACAUGCUGGGGAGGCUGUGCAUGCUGGCAAUGACAUAAAAACUUCACAUUCCCCAAUCAGGAAAGUUGUUAUUCGGUCGGUCAUCACAAGACUUGAAUCAGAGAAAACUGGAUACAGCUCACCUGAACCAAACUCUAGCAGGAACUCUCUCAGUCCGUCACCAGGACCCAAACCAAAGGAUAAAUUAUUGGGACAGCCAUUGGAUUUUUUAUCCAAGGAAAGAGAAAAGAUUCUCAAUGCGCUUCAUAGCCUAUCUUAUGUUACUAGUGACAGUGAAGAGAAUCAAGAAACACGAAGAAAGGAACUGAAUUCUCAAGAGGCAAGAUCCUCUCUGGAUGUACAGUCCUCAAGUGAUGUCAAACCCUCUGUUGAUAUCAAAUCGUCACUGGAUGUAGUGUCUUCACAAGAUGUGAGAUCCUCAAAAGUGGUGAGAUCUUCAAGUGAUGUGAGAUCUUCAAACGAGGUGAAAUCUUCAAGUGAUGUGAGACCUUCAAAUGAUGGGAAAUCCUCAAGUGAUGUGAGAUCUUCAAACGAUGUGAGAUCUUCAAGUGAUGUGAGACCUCCAAAUGAUGGGAGAUCCUCACGAGAAGUAGGAUCCCCAAGUGAUGGGAGAUCCUCAAAUGACCCAAGAUCUUCAAAUGAUGCAAAAUCCUCACGGGAUGUUAGAUCAUCAAAUAAUAUGAGAUAUUCAAGUGAUAGGAGAUAUUCAAGUGAUAGGAGAUCCUCAAAUGAUGUGAGAACUUCAAGUGAUGUAAGAUCUUCAAGUGAUAUAAGAUCUUCACGAGAAUUCAGAUCCUCAAGUGAUGGGAGAUACUCAAGUGAUCGGAGAUCUUCAAAUGAUGUCAGAACUUCAAGUGAUCGAAGAUAUUCAAGUGAUUUCAGAUCCUCACGGGAUGGAAGAUCUUCAAGUGAUAUCAGAUCCUCAAGUGAUCGAAGAUAUUCAAGUGAAGUAAGAUCCUCAAGUGAUGGAAGAUCUUCAAGUGAUGUCAGAUCCUCAAGUGAUGGAAGAUCUUCAAGUGAUGUCAGAUCCUCAAGUGAUCGAAGAUAUUCGAUUGAAGUAAGAUCCUCAAGUGAUGGAAGAUCUUCAAGUGAUGUCAGAUCCUCAAGUGAUGGAAGAUCUUCAAGUGAUGUCAGAUCUUCAAGUGAUGUCAGAUCCUCAAGUGAUGGAAGAUAUUCAAGUGAUGUCAGAUCCUCAAGUGAUGGAAGAUCCUCAAGUUAUGGAAGAUCUUCAAGUGAUGUCAGAUCCUCAAGUGAUGGAAGAUAUUCAUGUGAUGUGAGGUCCUUCGGUGAUGUAAGACUCUCACAUGAUUUGAGAUCUUUGGAUGAUGCAAGAUCUUCGAGUGAACUCCUUGACAGUAGAAAGGUGUGCUCUACAAGCAGAAACGGUACCAAGAUGGAACCAGUCAUCAUUCAUGUCGAUAAACAAGAUGUAAGAAAAGUUGAAUUGCAGGAAAAAGCAGAUUCAAAAGAAAACCGAAAUGAGAGCAGUUUGAAUAUUCAGGAAAGGUAUGAUGAAAAAGAGGACAUGAAAUCAAAGGCGUUAUCUUCUGGAAGACAAAGACAGGUUAUCAAUACAGGUGCCACAGACUGGUCAACUUUGCUCCUGAGUAAGAGUACCAGGUAUUCUGAACACAGAUGUAGUCCUGAUCUGGUUAAGAAACCAAGGGAGACAGUUGACUACAAUGAUGAACUGUCAUUUGAAUUAUAUCGAUGUGAUCAGGAGAAGCUUGAGACAACUGACACUCCAGAUGACUCUUCCAGCAUCUCUGGAGACAGUAUUGAAGACCUGGAGGAACUCAGUGGCAAGCUGGUGUCGGAGAACAGCCGAGAUGAUGGGUCUGUUAGGAUCAUUCCACUCACCAUUGAAACAUACUUGAAGUUCAAACUUGGUGUUUUGGAUCCAAUUAAGGUAAAGGACAAAAUUCCAUGGCCGCUGAGCACUGUUUUAGCUGAACAAACGAAGCAUAAAAGACGAAGAAUGGUUCAGAAAGCGAAGGUUGUUGCAGCCCAUUAUGAGAAGAAGCUGGAGAAGAAAGCUUGUGGCAAUUUUCGCUUGUGUCCUGAUGACUCCAUGACAGAGGUGUCUCUCGAGAGGAAGCUGGAAGACUUCACCAAGGAACAGAUUCUCAUGGAGCUGCAGGUGGUCCAGGAAUGCAUCAAGAAAUGUUCAGAGGCUUUGCAAACUUCUACCAAACAAGUCUCCGCUGCUGGUCAAUCGUCAGGAUUGCAAAAUUGUGUAAAUCCGCCCUUAAAAAAUCCUCAGAAUUAUCUCCACAGUGGUAUCAUGUCACUUGAAUUGAACUUACAGAUUGCCCAAACUAAUGUCAACCUUUUGACAACUGCUAUGGAAUCAAGGUCAAACGGUUUGUCUGUAAUGCAGUACCGUCAGAAGAUGUCGGAUGAUGUUCAGAGACUGGUGAAAACAAACAAUCUGAGCCACAUUCAGCCAACUCCAGGGCAGUGGUACAACACCCAGCAUGCAGGGAGACAGGACAGGAGGAAUGACACACACAAUCUGGUUGGAAACACAGUGUCAUGUGGAAGUCCCGCUGAGGACUGUCUAGAUUUCUCUAGUGACGUAUCUAUGGAGGCAGAUAGUGCACCCUCUGGACGAGGUCAUAGCGGCAACCAGGUUCUCAGUAGGCAAAAAGAUGCCCUACAGCAGGUGGCAAGUGACUUAAUGGAAGGAUUCCAAAAAUUGAGCUUUAUUGGCCGAGCACAUCAGAAGGUUCCAGAUGACAUUCUGCUUCAGAGUGAGAAGAGGAAGUACCACUCAGAAGAAGGAUGCUUCUUGAUUCUGUUGUCUGCUAUUUCCAAGAAGCCCUAUGCUCGCCUACUGUCCAUGAAACUGGACAUUGAGAAGAAUGUGAAGGAAAAGUUAGAGGCGGCCAUCAAGAAUCAGACAAACCUGGUGCAGAGUCUGAAAAAUGACAUUCAUAAACUUCAUGAUGACCGGAAGAAACUAUUGACAACUUUUACAGGCUCUUUGGGCAAGAAGCGGUUAAGGAAACUGAACCUUGUGAAAACUAAGUACCAAGUGUGUGUGGGUUAUCUGAACAAGGAGUUGGGCUCCGAGGGGCUGACCCGCCUGAAGUACUUCGCUACCCUGCACCAGGCAAUCAACACUCACGUGACAAUAGUGCGCAAAGAGCUGGCCUCACCAACUCUCUAGAGACAGCUGGCUUCCUCACAAGAAUCAAGUGCAUUAUUGAUUCUACAACAUUUAGUAUUAAACAUGUCCUAUCUAAUCCAUGAAAUACGUUUGUGACGUUCAGAGACAUCUGUGUUGCAACUUGUAGAUGUUUGUCACUGACACUUACCGUACUACUUAAUAUCUACCAUAAUGAAUUUCAUAUUGUGAAAUAUUGUGAAGAUGAUGAAAGUGCAGCUCCAUGUUUGUCUGCCACCAGUGGAUCAGUGGGAGCUGGUCCAUGUUUAUCUGAUGCUGAGUUCAAGGCCACAAAAUAUAUGUUACGCAUAAUGCUCUAUAUGUUUGUAGACCUAGUACCUGUACAAUUUUUUAUAUGCCUUGUUAUGGAACUUGCUUUAUUAGCUUUAUUCAUGUCUUGAAUGUUCAGUGAGGUUAAAUACGUGUAGGAUAGGUCCUUUGGGCCCUGUGGUGUUCUAAUGGACUAAAUGGGAAUUGGGUGGUGACAUCUUUGGAAGAAUAGUGUGAUAUCGUCUUUCAGCUGAUAGUGUGAUAUCAACUCUCAGCUGAUAGUGUGCUGUUGUCUCUCCGCUGAUUGUGGGAUUUAUCUCUCAGCUUAUGACGGGAUAUUGUCUCUCCGCUGAUGGUGUGAUAUUGUCUCUCCGCUGAUGGUGCCAUAUCAUUUCUCCGCUGAUGGUGGGAUAUUGUCUUUCCGCUGAUGGUGGGAUAUUGUCUCUCAGCUGAUGGUGGGAUAUUGUCUCUCAGCUGAUGGUGGGAUAUUGUCUCUCAGCUGAUGGUAUGAUUUAUCUCUCAGCUUAUGGCGGGAUAUUGUCUCUCAGCUGAUGGUGGGAUAUUGUCUCUCAGCUGAUGGUGUGAUUUAUCUCUCCGCUGAUGGUGGGAUAUUGUCUCUCAGCUGAUGGUGGGAUAUUGUCUCUCAGCUGAUGGUGGGAUAUUGUCUCUCCGCUGAUGGUGGGAUAUUGUCUCUCAGCUUAUGGUGGGAUAUUGUCUCUCUGCUGAUGGUGCGAUAAUAUUUCUCAGCUGAUGGUGGGAUAUUGUCUCUCAGCUGAUGGUGGGAUUUAUCUCUCAGCUGAUGGUGGGAUAUUGUCUCUCAGCUGAUAGUGCGAUAUAAUCUCUCAGCUAACAUCGUAUCCUCAACAUCCCCGAUGGACCCAGCUGGUUGCUCCCUGUGCUGUGGUCAGCUGCUCUCACUGUUGGUAAUGCCUACUAAUAGUCUCACUCGACAGUCCUCAAAUACCCAGGUAGUUUAGUGUAUUAUGUCAACACCACUUGCUGACACAACUAAUAUGACUGAAAUACUGUUGAAAGCGGCGUUAUUCCAACUCACUGACUAUUGUGUUGUGUAGAUACCCAGGUAGUUUAGUGUAAUAUGUCAACACCACUUGUUGUGUAGAUACUUGAAUGCAUAUAUAUAUGUGUGUGUGUGUGUGUGUGUCUGUCUGUCUUAGUUUGUAGGCACACUGACACACCUCUGACUUUGUUGGAGAUUGUGAAAAAUACUAGGUAAUGAAAACUAGAUUAGAUUCCUCAUGACAUGUUGAAUAACAGGGUAAAUACUGCAAACAAGCGCAGGGAAAGGACUGCCUUUUGUGAUCAUAAAUUUCCAUGAAAAUGAUCCCAAAACUCAUUUGCAACUUUGAUUGUCAUGGUUUUUGUUGUUGAAAAAAUAUAUCCAAUGAGUAAGCUAAGUGUUGUGACAUGUUUGCUAUCAGUAUUCCUGAUCAUUAAAACUCCCAUAUGUAUCGGGAGUGGGGUUGCACCUGUGCACCACCCUUUUGGACCAGCGUGAAGCUUCAAGGUCACGGGUAGAUUCACUAAGUUAUCAGGCUAGAUACAGUAGAGCUAUGUGCUUGACACCCGAGCCAUGGGGACUAUACAGUAUUAAACUGACAAUACUUGACACAGUACAAGGCCUUAACAGUAAUUAAAGAAGUUGUUAUCCAUAAAUUGUGUCUACUUUGUCAUCCAUCAACUUCUAAGUAAUGCUUAUUAAACAAUUCAGAUUAACUGUAGUUAUGUGAAAAAAUAUGGGUGGUCCUCAACAUUUUUUUAGUAGAAUACAUUGCGAGGCUGCAUUUCUGGGUAAGAAUAGGUCUUCAGCAACCCAUGCUUGCUGUAAAAGGCGACUAUGUUUGUCGUAAGAGGGGACUAACAGCAUAGGGUGGUCAGGCUCGCUGACUUGUUGAUGCACAUCAUAGUAUCC